AUGUCAGCAUGGUUGAUGUUCUUUGAUAUGCAUAUAGAGGCAUUUGUUUCAUAUUAUUCUGAAGAAAUAAGAGAUAUGUCAAAGAGAAAAGGAAGUACUAUAUCUGAAAUAUUGCGUGUGCAUACAUCAUCUAACACUAUGCAUAAGCAUUCACAACCCUCAUCACAAGCAAUAUCUUCCAGGUCAUUGUCACACGUACAAUUUUCCCGGCCAUCGUCAGAUAGACAGUUAGGUGCACAAGUGACACAAUAUCGACUAAGAGAGGUCGAGGUCCAGCUAAGGGUCUAA